AUGAACGAGGACUCGAAGAAGUGUGAGAAUGGGAACAAAGUGAUGGAAGAAGACAAUGUAAAUGAGGAGAAAAUGGUUGUUAAGAAGAGUGUUGGAAGCGAAGGGAGCUUUUUCGAUUGCUAUAUAUGCAUGGACCUGUCCAAAGAUCAGAUAGUCACUAACUGUGGCCAUCUUGACUGUUUGUCUCGCCUUUACCGCUGGGUAGAGGUUUCAGAGGAAAAGGAGUUUCCGAGCGAGGACAUAACCGCUGAGAUUUGGGUGCACAGCGUCUCGCUGCAACCAUUUACACAAGAAGAGUGGACCCCACACCACGAGCAGAGGCCUAACAUGACGAGGAAAGGGUCCGUGAGGAUCAUAGCCGUAAGCAGCACUGUUGAGCCAAUACCAAACACAACAAUCUCCAUCCUACAUAACAGAAUAGGGAUCUCAUUCGGGUGUGCGGUAGAAGGUAACAUACUUGAAGACAAGCAUUCCAAAACCGGUUCACUAAGAGAUUAA